AUGGCCGUCAUCAACUUCUUCACCAUUUGGAUCAUAUCUUUUGCUGUUGAGUGGAAGUUCAACACGCUGCAGGCCAUGGUGGACAAUCUUGGCGUUUGGUUCGCUAUCGUUGGGUUUACCGGAAUUUGCUCUUGCCUGGCCUUAUGUUGCACGCUUUUCAUUUUCACCUGCGCACCUGCCGCCGGUGGUUCUGGAGCACCUGAGAAUAAGGGAUUCCUCAAUGGGAAUGAGAUGCCCGAGUUGUUCACUUUGCAGAACCUUGUCGGACGUGCAGUCGCCACAAUGCUGGCAAACGUCACUGGUUAUCCUGUUGGCCGCGAGGGGCCGACGGUCACCAUGGGCAGCAAUCUGGCUUACAUCAUCACGUCUGCUAUGGCAUUGCCAUUCGUUCGUCAGUGGGUUGAUGUAGAUGCACCUGGCUCUGCGACUUCUGCUGCGACGAUGAUUGAUGAGGAUCGAUUUGAGCACGCGAAGCGCAUUGUGUGCACUGUUGGUGGAGCUUGUGGUAUGGCUAUGCUUUUUGAUUCGCCAAUCGGAGGUAUCGUGUACAUGUUUGAGGAAAUUACCUCGUCCGCGUGGCCUGUAGAGGUGACCUUCCGGGCAUUCGCCGGAACUUGCGUGUGCGCUUUGCUGUCAAGAGCACUGCUGAACAUGUGCGGCACUUCGACGAAGGCUUUUGUCGUCUACGAGUGGAACCCGCAGCCUCAGGGUUGGAGCUGGCGAGACGUUCCCUUCUUCAUCCUCCUGGCAAUUCUUAUCGGACCCUUCAGCGCUUUCCACACACGUGCCUGCCUGGCGGUGGCGAGUGCGAGGCAGAAGCUGAUGUCCAGACUUGCUGCGUAUCAGCCAUACAACAAAAUGGCGGAUGCUGUUCUGUACGGUGGGCUCGUGGCAUUGACCUACUCGCUCGUGGCCUUGUCGGCGAACUGUAAGCACACGGCGCAAGACGCUGCCGAGUUUGUGCGCUACGACUGUGAGGAGGGGAAGUACAACCCCGUCGCAUCCCUGUUGCUCACAACCUCCGAAGGAGCUGUGAAGCGCUUGUUUUCCAGGCACGAUGCCAAUGAAAUCCAUUUUAGGAACGAGCUGCUGGCUUUUGUGUCCUACACAAGCCUCAACAUCGGACUGACAGGCGUGCAAGUGCCGUCCGGUAACUUCACCGGCUCCAUGCUGAUCGGCGGGCUGAUUGGACGAAUGAUGGGGGCCCUGGUUCGAGAUUACGGCAAACCUGGCAUGGCCGUGUCUGGCGUCUAUGCCAUGGUGGGGAGUGCUUCGAUGCUGGCGGGCUUCAAGCAGAUGGCCGUCGCAGUGGUCGUCUUUAUCACAGGAGCCGCCAACGAUCUUGGGCUGGUGCCACCACUGAUGCUGGCAGUCGCCAUCUCGCUGCUUCUCAACAAGCUGAUCAACGAAAGAGGCUUUGACGAGGAGCAGAUCUUGCGAAAGGCGAUUGCAUACUUGCCAGCAGAACCUCCACGGUUGAUGGAUCGCACAGUGGCAAAGGAACUAUGUGAUGACCUGCCGCCAGAGGCAGUACUUGCUCCAGAGGUGGAUUUCCGGACGAUCCAGGCUGCCCUACAACAGGACAAGGUGGAUUGCUUCCCAGUCCUGAAGGAGAGUGGUCACUGCAUAGGUUUUACAACUCGCGCACGCUUGCAAGCAGCCGCGGAGGUUUGGCAGGCAUCCGGAUUUAUGGAUGCCUCCGAUCGGGGAGCUGCUUCGUCCCUGAAGGAGGCAGUGUCUGAUGGGGGUGGCGAGCAGAUGGGCAAACUGGUAUCCGCUGCCGUUGCAAGGGAAUCGAGCUUUACGGGCACCGUUCUGCCAGUCAAGCGCCUGACUGAGCGAGCGCCCCACACUAUCCUCGAGGAUAUGCCUGGACCUCGGCUCUACACACUCUUUGCGAAGGCAGGAGCCAAGGCCGCCUGCGUCAUUUCCGAGCGGGGAGAGUUCAAAGGCAUGAUCUCCAGGAAGGGUCUCAUCGAGACCACGCGCCGCUACGAGGAGGCCAGCGACGAAGGCUUGGAGGAGAAUUUGGGUGAGGAUGACGAGGAGCAGAGCCUGGUACUGGGCGAGCGAACGGACGCGAAUGGGCCAAGCCGACUCGGCUGA